AUGGUUUCCCAAUUUGCUAUUGAAGUACGUAAUUUAACGUACAAAUUUAAGGAAAGCUCUGAUCCGUCAGUUAUUGAUAUCGAUCUCGAAAUCCCAUGGAAUACAAGGUCUUUAGUAGUGGGUGCCAAUGGUGCUGGUAAAUCCACCCUUUUGAAAUUACUAAGUGGUAAGCAUCUUUGUCUCGAUGGCAAGAUCAUGGUCAAUGGUCUUGAUCCAUUCAGUCCCCUAUCUAUGAACCAAGUAGACGAUGACGAAAGUGUUGAAGAUUCGACAAACUACCAAACAACCACUUAUCUAGGCACGGAAUGGUGCCACAUGAGCAUCAUUAACAGGGAUAUUGGCGUCUUGGAAUUAUUGGAAAGUAUUGGGUUUGAUCAUUUCAGAGAAAGAGGUGAAAGAUUAGUUAGAAUUCUGGACAUCGAUGUACGUUGGAGAAUGCACAGGUUAAGUGACGGGCAAAAGAGAAGAGUGCAAUUAGCCAUGGGACUUUUGAAACCAUGGAGAGUUUUACUACUUGACGAAGUCACUGUGGAUCUCGACGUUAUUGCCAGAGCAAGACUACUAGAGUUUUUAAAGUGGGAGACAGAAACCAGAAGAUGUUCAGUGGUUUACGCUACACAUAUUUUUGACGGUUUAGCCAAGUGGCCCAAUCAAGUGUACCAUAUGAAAUCAGGUAAGAUCGUAAAUAAGUUAGAUUAUUUGAAAGAUGUGGAGUUUUCUGAAGUAGUCAACGCCAAAGUUAAUGGACAAGUGGCCUUUGAGGACGACAACAAUAAGGUUGUUAUUAGCAAGGUGAACAGCUUGCAUCCAUUGGCACUAGAAUGGUUGAAACGUGAUAACCAAAUUCCUGAUAAAGAGAUAGGUAUAUAG